GCUGUCGGUCCUCGUUCCCUGGCUCUAAGCUUGUCUCCGCCGGGAAGCGGAGGAGCCUGCCUUCACCACGCCCAGUAUUGCGCGCUGGGCCCCCGCAGCGCUGCGCUCCGCCCCGCCUCGCGUCCAUCUCUCCCUCCCCGGCUCUUCCCUCCCCGCCCGCCCUCCGCAGGUUCUCGGGCUGCUCGAGUUGCCCGCCCUCCUCCCUGCUCGGGGGCUCCCGAACCCUAUUUGGUCAUCCGGAGAGAGCGCGGAACGAGAGAGCGAGCCAGGCAGCCUGCGCGGAGCCAGCGCUGCGCGCAGGAGGAACGGAAAGGACCACGUUGCGGGCUCCGCUCAGCGCUUGGGGAGCGAGGACUGGCGUUGGCCGCAGCCUCCGCGCAGAGCUCGCGCCACUCUGUCCCACCGACUAGCCGGUGGCCUGUCUCCUUCGGAACAAUGAGACUCUCCGCCGUAGCGACUUCGGCUCCCUUACUCGUGGCUGCGCUGCAGGUGCUGUUCCUCUUGGGAGCUGCGCACAACUCAGAACCCAGCACCAACCAGACUGAAAAUGUAAAUACUGCCAAUGACACGAUGGUGCCCUCAAAUCUGACCUCUUCUACCCUCAAACCUGUGACCACGCCACCUUCUGCCAACACGUCGGCCCCUGCCAACAAAACGACUGAAGCCCCUCAGGUAACAACCAGGUCGUCCACCCCGGUGACGAACAGCACCCCGACACCUCCGACAACAACAAGGAGUGCCCCUCCGACCACAACAGCCCACAGUGCCUCAAAGUCGUCAGCUUCUACCACCAGCAAUGGUACAGUGACAACCACUGCUGCACUGACCACAGCCACAGCCAACAUCAAUGCCCAGAUAAGUAAAGGAUCAAAAUUUGACAUUGGCAGCUUUGUUGGUGGCAUCGUAUUAACUCUAGGAGUUUUAUCUAUCCUCUACAUUGGAUGCAAAACGUAUUAUUCAAGAGGCAUUCGAUACAGAACCAUUGAUGAACAUGAUGCUAUCAUUUAAAGAAAAUCAUCCAAGAACCAAAGCAGAGGAAGAAAACGAUUCGACCCUCAUCAUUAAUUUCAGAAAAUCUUUCCCUCUUGAAAAGCAUAAAAACCGACCCUACCUACCAAGUAAAAUAUAUUCUAUGAAUGUGUAAAACUUCUCCAUGGUCACUAAAGGUAAAAAAGGGUUGUUGCAUUUGUUUUCAUGUUAUUUGUUUUUUAACGACAAGGCUUGACAGUUUCAAGAUCACAAAUUAACACAAAGCUUGUAUCCUCUUCCCACAAAUACAUUUAAAAACAAAUGAGUUUUGACACGGUGAAAGCCAUUUGUGGUGCUGUGAAAUUGACUCCAUAGAGUCAGCAAUUGGAAGGCAUCCACAUGGAAAGGCAGGGAUAUCAUCUGGGCAUCCGUCCACAGGGGAUGGGGGAGGGACCACUGAUGCCUUGGCUGAUCAUGACUCUCACUCUUUGGAAGUGCCCUUACUUCAUGAGCACAUAAUUUCCAGCAGCGGGUAUACCCCCAAAAUAUAGAAACCUUCCAGUUUGUCAAUGGUAUAGAUGCAACAGAAACUACUCUACCAGCUAGCAAAGAUUGGGGGUGCUGAAUUAGAAUCAGUCUUAAAAUGUGGCCCUUGUUUCUUCAGACAGUACACACGCUAUUCAGUGCAGUUUUUAAAAAAAUUCUUCUCUAACUUCCCCUCAUCUCAAAACCCCAAACUUUCAGAAUUUUUGCUUUAGAGAGUUUUACCUGAGCUGUGUUCCAUUAGGGAUACCAGUUGGAGAGUUUGGAUUUUUAUGUUUUAAUUACUUCAUUUGGGCUUUUAAUCAUAGUUGAGAGGCUAUCUUAUUUUUACUUUUCCUUGCCUUGGUUUUGGUGAAUUAUGUUUUAUAUGCUGUAAUUAUGGACUAGUUGUUAGGAACAAACAAAUCGGAUUGACAUGACAGGAAAGAGCUUACACUGUGGGGUUUUUUUUUUUUAAAUACUGUGAAAAUACAGACUGCCACUGGAAAUUUCUUCUGAUAUUAUCAGCUACAUUCAGAAAUGUCUAAGGAAGUCUCUCCCACCCUCAUUUAAAACAAACAACAACUCUUUUUGUGAUUCUUGGCCUCUUUUAGGGCAAUGUAUAUAGUAGGGAUACUAUACUAAUGAAAGCACAGUGCAUUCCUGGGACACUUGUAUUGCAAAAGUAUUUUCUGGCAUAAUUAGGAGUAAGUGCCCAGAGCUACUCUGUUUGACCCAGUGUGUAGCCCAGCUUGUGAAUCUCAGGGCAAGUCAAGAUUGGGGUGGGGUAUCUAGUCACGAUGAAAAAGAAUUCCUAACAAGCAACCAAAGUAAACCACUGAAAAAUCCGUAUUAUCUAGGAUGCGAUGAAGACUUCCUUAGGUACACCUGGAAUUAACCAUUCACAGGAACAUAAGGAAUAUUUUUCUAACUCGUUCUUAUUUGCAGCAAAUCCUAGCUAUCAAAUGGACAUUAAAUUACUAUGCCUUCUUACUGUACACAGUGGCCCAAGGGAUGUGAUUAAUGUAGGGACUGGUAAUCACUGAUCCCAAAGAUCAAGCUGUGUAGUUAAGAGUCCAUCUGAUGCUGCAUUGGUUAAAAAAAAAAUUUUUUUUUUGUAUAGCACCACUUGUGCAUACUUUGAGGAACAAUAUGGCCAGAUAGCCAAACAGGAGCCUCUGGGUUAUAUGCUACUGACUUCUCCGACCCAGUGUAGGUCAUUCAACCACUCACUCCUUUUGUUUCUUCUCUAUAAAAUAAGAUGAGAGAAUAGUAAAGCCUGCUUCUUCCCAGGUCUGAUGCAGGAAUGGGACUGUAUUCUGUUAAUGCCCAUCCUGUGAGCCUGUUAUUUGAAGUCUGCAGGAACUUGUGUAGAACAGGCCUCCUAAGUUUUUUAAAAUACUUGUUUCGCACUUUGAAGAUGGCAAGCUCCUGAAAUUCUGAAUAUCAAUAUUUGCUUUGAAAUGUUCUAUUUUGUCUUGUGUUUUUACAGAACUUAGAUAAUGCUUUUCUCCUAUUCUUUACAUGGCAAUAUAAUUCGUUAAUAUGAAAAUGCCAUUAUUUACAAAAGCCAACUCUUGAUUGUUUGUUCCCAUUGCUCCUCCCUCCCAAAUUAGAGGAACUAAUACAGAUAAUGAGAAGUAAUUUUUAUUUGAUUUUGGAUUACAUUCUGGGUUUUUUGGUUGUGUAUUUAUUUUCUUAAUUAUGUUGACUUAGGCAUUUAUUAAAAUUAGCUUGCAUUUGGCUGACUUGACAACAGAUGAAGAUAAUCCAGGUGCACAAUUGGAUGAUGGGCAAAAACUAGCCCAAGCUUUAAAAUAGUCCAUAGAUAAUAUACACGGAUGGUAUAAGUCAAACAUAGGUAAUUGAGAGUUGGCAACAUAUUAAAGCAACUUUGUCUUUUCAGAAAUAUUUUUAAAGUAAAUUCUUAUUUCUUUUUUGUUUUUUCCUUUUCUUUUGUUAUUAGUAACCAGCAUUUGGGUAUAUUGUUGUUGUUGCUGAGGUCUAUUUUUAGAUAAGUAAUAAAAUGAAAAUUUGCACUUCAUCAACAAA